GUACGAGGAAACGUAAAUAAAAUAAAAUAUGGCUGAAACACCAAGAGUUCAUAUUAAGUGCACUGUAUUGGUUGUGGAAAAGCUAUAGUGGUGCUGCUACACAGAGUAGGGGGUCAUGAGGAGUGAGAUAAACAGACGUCACCUGCUCUUAUUUAACUCUUAUUUGUGUCUAUAGCCUUGUUAUAAGGAGACGGGGGGGAAAUGGUGGUCUCCGCAGAUAUUUUCAUCUCAAAAGCCCAGAUGUUUCUCUGUUGUGGGAAGAAGAAAAAAAGACAAAUUCCCCAUUCAUCAUGUCUUGAUAUGGCUGUACAAAUCAUUGCUGUUGAUCUGGGCCUUAAACCAGCUGUUCUGUAUGACCUUAACAGCGCAUGUGCAGAACAGAUCCAGCAAUAUGUCAGCUCACUGCACGAGGCUGGAGUACUGAACACAACACUUAGGAUAUUUUCCAUCAGUGGAAGUUGUCUUGUUGUGAACUCUAAUCUGAUGAAGGAACAUUUGAAUGAAGUGCUGGAGAAAAAGAGCCUUCUUAUUGUUGAUGUGUGCGCAUGGAAGGAGCAGCCAUCUCUGAUUUUCAUGGAUAGCAGCACCAAGCAUAUGGUCAAAGAAAUGCUGGACUUUAUUAUGGAUAAAGAGGACCAGCAUACAUCAAUCAUUGUGGUGGGAGAGGAGCUGCAUGAACGGUGGAACUUGUGCACACUUUUUGGGAUCCUCUUAGGCUUUCCUGCUUCAUACUGGUUUAAUCAAACACAGAGCUUUGAGAACUGUCUGAGUAUGACCCCACUGGUGGUAAAUAAGGUUUGGGUUUGCUGGCCAAUAUGUGAUAUAAAGCACAGCAGUUGUCUUUACUCAUUCAGUGUACCUGAAGUGUUGUGGGCAGAAGUUGAUACCAUUAUACAAAACUGGGUGGAGCGUCUGAGAGGUCGAUUUUUCAAACAGACAGUUUUUAUCAAACUCAGUAUUUCAAAGGAAACUGUAAUUUUGCCCAGUGUAGCUUUGUGAGUGCUUGCGCUUUUAUACAGUUUUAGUGCUCGAGAGGCUUGAUUGUGGUCAGCAAAGAAAAAACUAUUAAAUAAACUUUAAGACAGAAUGACAGCUACAUUCAUCAUUUAGUUGUGCUUAUCCUCAAAAGUUAUUUUAGGGAAAAAGCUUUAUAGUGUAAACAAUCCAGCUUGUUUAUCUUCAUUACACUUGCCGCUAUGUUCCACCUCUCAGUCAGUGCUGAUCAUUUUAUGUGCCAGAAACAUGGGCUGGAAAACAUCUGCAAAUAACAGGGCAUCUCACUCUGCAUAACCACACGAUGUGACUGCCAGUAAUACUUUAUUAUCAUCUUCUGUACAUUUCUUAUGAUCCUUAGAGGUGCUGUUGUGUUCGGUUUUCCAGAAGUCCGAAAUAAUCCAUUUGCCAAUAAAAAGAAACUUUUA